UAUAGUCAGCUAUUUUCGUUAAAAAUUCGCUGCAUUAUUAUUGAUAGUCAGUUCUUUAAAGUUUGAUGAUUUUAAUUUAUUAACUUGGCAUAGUGUUUGUUUUGGGCAUUCAGUGCAUUGGAAUGCAAAAGUGUCUGUAUGCGCCCAGUGCCAGCGAUACUUGUUAGCUGGCAACGCUGCUUGCACUCACUAAAAUCGCCUGCAGUUUUUGUGCCCCACGGAAAAAGUGAAAAAAAUCGAAUUUAAGUCAAGUUGUGCCCACAUAGACACAAGAUAAUGUCUUGUGCCGCAACUCUAACAACGGCUAAAGAUUCGACAAAUGCUGCUGCCAGUGCAUCAUCUUCGGCUACCUCCGUGGGUGUGGUAGUCAGCGGAGGUAGCACUGUGGCUGCUGGUGUUGGCAACGGGGGCAGCGGCGGCGGUGCAGGUGCUGCUGCUGGCUCAGCUGCGGCGGUCGCCCGACGCUUUUCCAUGGAAGGAGUUGGUGCGCGUGUGAUUCGUGGCCCGGACUGGAAAUGGAACAAGCAGGAUGGCGGCGAGGGGCAUGUGGGCACGGUGCGCAACUUUGAGUCCGCCGAGGAGGUGGUCGUUGUCUGGGACAACGGAACCGCUGCCAAUUAUCGCUGUGCCGGCGCCUACGAUCUGCGCAUUCUGGACAGCGCACCCACUGGCGUCAAGCACGAGGGCACCAUGUGCGAUACGUGCCGCCAGCAGCCCAUAUUUGGCAUACGCUGGAAGUGUGCCGAGUGCAUCAAUUACGAUGUAUGCUCCAUAUGCUAUCACGGCGACAAGCAUCAUUUGCGUCAUCGCUUCUACCGGAUUAGCACGCCGGGUGGUGAGCGUGCAAUGGUUGAACCGCGUCGCAAGUCCAAGAAGGUGCUGGUGCGCGGCAUCUUUCCAGGCGCUCGCGUUGUGCGUGGCGUCGACUGGCAGUGGGAGGAUCAGGAUGGCGGCGUUGGACGUCGCGGUAAGGUAAACGAGAUCCAGGAUUGGUCAUCCGCAUCGCCGCGCUCAGCGGCCUACGUAAUCUGGGAUAAUGGCUCGAAGAACUUGUAUCGCGUUGGCUUUGAGGGCAUGGCGGAUCUCAAGGUGGUGAACGAUGCCAAAGGCAGCAAUGUAUAUCGCGAUCAUUUGCCGCUGCUGGGCGAGAAUGGGCCGGGCAAGGGGCCACAUGGAUUUCAAAUUGGCGACAAAGUCACCGUUGAUUUGGAUCUGGAGAUUGUGCAAUCGCUGCAGCAUGGACACGGCGGCUGGACAGACGGCAUGUUCGAAUGCCUCAGCAAUGCGGGCAUGGUCGUUGGCAUUGAUGAGGAUCAUGAUAUUGUUGUUGCCUACAACUCUGGCAAUCGCUGGACAUUCAAUCCAGCUGUGCUGACCAAGGUAUCUUCGCCAACAACAGCACCGCCCGAGUUUCAGGUGGGCGACAUCGUCAAGAUCUGCUCGGAUGUGGAGAGCAUUAAAAUACUGCAGCGCGGCCAUGGCGAAUGGGCAGAUGCCAUGCAGUUGACAUUGGGUAAAAUUGGACGCGUCCAGCAAGUUUAUCAUGACAACGAUCUGAAGGUGGAGGUGGGCAACACUUCUUGGACAUACAAUCCACUGGCUGUCUGCAAGGUGGUUUCCUCCAGCGGUGCCGGGCCUGGUGCUGCAGUCACGGGCGAUGGCAACUGUGCUCCAGUCAUCCCCAGCGGUGAACGCCUCUCCGCCAUUCUAAAAAAACUUUUUGAGCCCAACGUAUCCGGUGAUGCCACCGAGGAGUUUGUCAAGGCUGCAGCCAAUGGAUUUGCGUCCCGUUGUGAGGAGUAUUUAGCUGGCGCCACACAGCCUUCAACGUCCAGUGCGGCGGCUGCCGCGGCUGCGGGCAGUCCCAGCGGCGGUCCCGUGCCGGAGGUGAAUGUGAAUGGUGUGUUUGCGGGUCACACUGCGCUGCAGGCCGCCAGCCAGAAUGGCCAUAUUGAGGUCAUUCAAGUGCUCUUGCGACACUCUGUCGAUGUAGAGAUCGAGGACAAGGACGGCGAUCGUGCCGUGCAUCAUGCGGCCUUUGGCGAUGAGGCAGCUGUCAUUGAGAUUUUGGCCAAGGCUGGCGCAGAUCUAAACGCACGCAACAAACGUCGCCAGACAUCGCUGCACAUUGCCGUCAACAAGGGGCAUCUGAAUGUGGUCAAGACGCUGCUCACUCUGGGCUGCCAUCCCAGUUUGCAGGACUCCGAAGGCGAUACGCCGCUCCACGAUGCCAUAUCGAAGGAGCAUGAUGAGAUGCUUUCGCUUCUGCUCGACUUUGGAGCUGAUAUCACGUUGAACAACAAUAAUGGAUUCAAUGCGCUGCAUCAUGCAGCGCUAAAGGGCAAUCCGAGCGCCAUGAAGAUAUUGUUGACUAAAACGAAUCGACCCUGGAUUGUCGAGGAGAAAAAGGACGAUGGCUAUACGGCAUUGCAUUUGGCUGCACUAAACAAUCACGUAGAAAUCGCCGAAUUGCUCGUCCACAUGGGCAAAGCUAAUAUGGACAGGCAGAAUGUGAAUCUGCAGACGGCACUCCAUUUGGCCGUGGAGCGGCAGCAUGUCCAAAUUGUUAAGCUGCUGGUGCAGGAUGGCGCCGAUUUGAAUAUAGCCGAUAAAGACGGUGAUACCCCGCUGCAUGAGGCACUGCGUCAUCACACACUGUCACAGCUGAAGCAGCUGCAGGAUGUCGAGGGCUUCGGCAAGCUGCUGAUGGGUCUGCGCAAUGCUAAUAACAAAAAGGCAUCCGCAUCUAUUGCCUGCUUCCUGGCGGCCAAUGGGGCCGAUUUGACGCUGAAGAAUCGCAAGCUGCAAACACCGUUAGACCUGUGUCCCGAUCCGAAUCUCUGCAAGACGCUUCUGAAGUGCUACAACGAGCGUAAAACCGAUGACGCCGAGCUACCAGGCAAUGUGGCCGGCACGAGUCUCAAUGCACGUGCGCGUGCUCAAAGCGCAGCUGCAGCUGGCACUGCAGCUGGUAUGCAUCAGUCGGCCACGGCGAAUAUACCACUCAAUACUGUUGCCUCGGGGAGCGCUUUUGGGCUCAACGGGCUCAGCACGGACAUGGCACAGUCUAUGCAUGCAGAUAGCACCAGCAGCAGCAGUAGCAACAAAAACAGCAGCGGGACUGGCGGCAGCAGCAACAACAAUAACAAUAACAACAAGCCCACCAGCUUGGAGGAGUGCCUCGUCUGCUCGGAUGGCAAGCGAGACACCGUGUUCAAGCCGUGCGGCCAUGUUAGCUGCUGCGAGACGUGCGCGCCGCGCGUCAAGAAGUGUCUCAUCUGCCGUGAGACGGUCACAUCGCGCGAGAAAAUUGACGAGUGUGUCGUCUGCUCGGAUAGACGAGCCGCCGUCUUCUUUCGUCCCUGCGGUCAUAUGGUGGCCUGCGAGCAUUGCAGUGCGCUGAUGAAGAAGUGCGUCUUGUGUCGCACACAGAUCGAUGAGGUGUUAACCUUUAACCUAUGCUGCGGUGGUACGGGUAACACCGAAAAGGUCUGCGUCGCCGGCACCGUGUGCCUGACUGCCACCGACGAGAAGUUUAUGGAGCCGCCAUGUGUGAACACUUCCGGUCACAGCGUGGCCAUGAAUAACACGGUGGUCACCCCAGUUGCAGGCAGCAGCAACCAAUUGAAUAGCCAGAAUAAUUUAUUAGCUGCUGCGGCAGCAGCUAAUGCUACGAAUUUACCAGCUGGCAUGGUCGCGCCUUCUGGCGUCAACAAUUUCCAAAUGGACGAUGUGCAGAAACUGAAACAACAGUUGCAGGACAUCAAGGAGCAGACAAUGUGCCCUGUUUGCUUCGAUCGAAUUAAGAAUAUGGUCUUUCUGUGCGGACAUGGCACCUGCCAGAUGUGCGGUGAUCAAAUCGAAGGCUGCCCCAUUUGCCGCAAGACGGUGGAGAAGCGUAUUUUGCUAUUCUGAAGCACAAUAUAUAUUUAUCCAAUUCUUGGCACACAUUCCGCGCACAGUCCCCAGGCACAUCAGCGUGCGAAUCGGCCUUAAAUUAAGUAUUACUUAGAACAAAUAGCAUAAAAGUCUCGAUGUAUACUCAUAUAUACAAGUACGCGCAUAUAUCGUCUUAUAAAGCGAAAAAUAUAUAUAUAUUUUUAACAAAUAUUUCUCGAAAUCCAAA